CUGCUCGCGUCGUGUCUGGCUUCCCAUAGUCGGCACUUGGUUUGCGGAAUUUCGCCACUCUACCCAACUUCUCUUCCUUCACUUGAAUUACCGCCCGACGCCUUAGCCACAACUGGACAUCGCAGCACCAGCAGCCUGGAUCUACCUCCUGCUAGGACCAUCUUUCCAGCUGAGAUAGAGCCACACCAAUCGAAGGAGCCCUUUCUACAAUUGACGUCGCUCCCGGCCCGUCUGCAAUCCGAGACAACGCCGUCACUUACCUUCUCUUUACUUCUGGAAAAACCUCAUUCUAGAGAGAACCCAGGAUGGCCCACACGAACGAAAACAUCAUCAGAGCAGAGGCCAUUGUAAAAGACUGCUUCACUGCCUCGCUCCUAGCCGGAGAUCGGAACGGCAUCCGCGAGAGACUCUCCCGGAUUCUCCCAGCAGGAGCUUAUCCACUCUGCAACCUCCGGAGCGGAUAUGAUCCUACCCAAUCCGGGCCCUCCGGAUCUGGAUAUACAACUCGACAUCAACCCAUGAGACGCCGGGGAGCUCCAUAUGGAGCCAGACCUCCACCAUCCAUUCCGAUGGCUUACCUCUCAGUCGCCCAGCGAGACGAACUGCAACAACUGGAGCAAGAAAAAAGCAGACAAAUAUUAGCCCGGGCUGAAGCACGGGAAGCUGGCAGCUUCAUCGCUCAAGAGGAGCGCCGACUGGCUACCAUGGCGAAUAUCAAUCUACAACAGGCCGAAUUGGACCGCCAAAAAGCGGCUCUCCAACGUCCACCAUCAUUCAUCCCUGGAAAACGGAAUGCAUUCAGCCCAGGGCAGCAAACGUCAUCACUGACUCCACAGAUCCCACUGCUAAAAAUUACAAUUCCGGCCACUUCAACUACGGAUGCUGAAAGCCAACUCCUUGCAUCACCAAGCAAGGAUGUUACAAUGAAAGACAAAAUUUCUGAUCGGUCCGAAGAACUUUUUGGCCGGAAUACACCACUUACCAUUUCUGAUGAUGUAACACUCACAAAAUAACCAAAAAAAUAAUAAAUGGCACUAGCAACAA